AAUUCUCAAGACCUUCUAUCAGUCUAUUAUUGACAAUUUAUCUCUUCUGCACUAAUUUCCUACUAAUAAAUUAUUGCAAAAUAGUAAAACUUUCAUUAUGGCUGAACCCAGCAUCUCCUCUCUGAGAAGCCUGCCUCCGCUCUCUGCUGAAGUGCAGGCUGAAGUGUUCAAGUAUUGUUGUGGUCUGGUCAACCUGUGGGAGCACGGCCUGCGUCUACAGAAGCGCUUCACCGAGGCUGGCAAUGUACUGCAACCAGCCCCUGGUGCUAUCAAGACGCUGCUUGCGGUUGACCCUGGCAAGAUGACCAACUUGGUGCCCAUGGACGCCCCUCACCCCUUGUACCAUGACGCCCCCGACUGCUCUGCCCUGCGGCACAGCUUCCUGCUCAACGCCAUGUUCGAGGCGCCCCUUGAUCUGGAGGACCCCGCUCUCCUGACGGGGGUUCACAGUCACAGAGCAUUGUAUGGCAAGGAAACACACACAGAAUUGUAUGGGGGUGAGGUGACCGCCAACGAUGUGUUGGUGAAGUCUCACCAGGCGCUGCCUGACGGCGGCCUGCUGCUGCUGGGGGAGGACCUGCUCUUUGACCAGGAGGCCACGGUCCGUGAGGCCUUCAAGACGCUCCUGGCCCGCACCCCCAGCAGGGGAUGUGGCAUGGGGGGCUGUCGCCGCCCUUUGGACGCUGAUGAAGAGCCUCCCGUGUGCAAUAAACCCCAGCAGUAGAUCUGCUGGGGUUUCUUAUUUUUGGCAGUCAGUGUCAGCACCGCAGUCAGUGCCUUUAGGCAGUUGGUGGCUCUGGGCAGUUGGAAUCGUGGCAUUUAUUGCCUUGAGGCAGUUGUUAUCACGUGACAUUUACUACCUCUAGACAGUUGUUAUCGUUUGGCCUUUACCCUCGAGGCAGUUGGUAUUGUGGCAUUUUCUGCCUCUGGGUAAAUAGUGCCACUAGGUAGUCAGUGCCUCUGGGCAGUCGGCUACUCUGGGCAGUUUGAGCACGAGGCACUUUCUGCCACUGGGCAAUAUUGCCUCCGGACAGUAAGCGCCUGGCAUUUCUAUAGGCAGUCAGUACCUCUGAAC